AAGAGAAAGCCAAGCCAACGGUAUUUGCCAGUCCCACCAACAAAAUUCACAAUCAACCUCCUUUUUUCUCCGUUUCAAUGUUUGGGGGACUCGAGUUUGUUCCUUCUUUUCAAGCUGAAGUUCUUUGACUCGGGAACUCAUUACGGCAAUUUUGACUCCCAGUCAUUGCGUGCGAGUUUUGGUUCCCGUGAUGUUAUCUUCAGCGUUGGGUCCUCAGUUGGCUGUUGCAAAUAGCAAAUAAGUUUGUUAUUGUAGUAUUCUUCUUCUUUUUUAUGUGUUUGGAGGCUUUAUUCUCAGUUGAAACUGUGAUCUCGUCGUUGGUUCGUUGGGAAAUUAUCUCCAGAUCUGACUUUGUCUCCGUUUACAAUCAACGGCGUCCGCGAUGUCAGCUUUUCUUUUUUCAUAUCCCAGUGGAGCAUUGGGAAAUAUCUGUUCAUUUUUUGUGAAAGUUGUAGCUGUUGUGAGUUGUGCAAUUUUGGUCACUGGUGCUGAUUUUUCAAAUAAUCUACUUCAAGCACCUGCACAAUCGCCCACUAGAGCACACAAGGGUGCACCAGCUGUUUCUGCUCUGCCCCUACCUUCCAAUCUGCCACUGAUUCAUAGAUCCCGCCGAAGAUAUUUUUCACCACAUAGUGCACCAACACCUGUAGGACCAGCCCAACCUCCUCUUAAUGGUCCAUUUAUAACUUCCCGUCACCCUCCUACCAGCUCACACCUGUCAAAACCAUUGAUGAAGAAGAGUGCCUCAGUGCCUCAUGGUACCAACUUGCCAAAUAUUUCCCCUACACAGAUCCGCCCUGGUGAAAUUCCUACCGGUUUGGCUCAACCACCAUUGUCUCCUGAAGUGUCUGAUUGUUGCAAACCAAAUUCAAUUUUGAAACGAGGGAGUCAUAGUUGCCAUUGCGUGUAUCCCAUAAAGCUUGACCUUCUUCUUUUAAAUGUCUCCCAAAACCCAAAUUGGCGUGUUUUUCUAGCCGAGCUAGCUUCUCAGCUUCAAUUGCUGCCUACUCAAAUUGACAUUACGAAUUUUUAUUCCAUCAGUUUAUCAAGAUUAAAUAUCUCCAUGGAUAUUACUCCACACACAGGGGUCAGUUUCUCUGCCAAUGAUGCAUAUAAAAUAAACUCUUCACUUGUGAUGCAUAGGGUUCAUUUUGACCCAAAUGUAGUUGGAGAUUUCAAAGUCCUUAAUUUUACAUGGUUUGAGGCUCCAGCGCCUUCCCCAGCUCCCGUUGUGAUUUCUGAACCUGUAGCUGCACCAGCACAUAAAUCCUCCAAUUCUACACCAACAAGCCCUUCAAAUAAGGGGAAACAUUCAGAUUUGACUCUUGUCUUUGGUAUUUCUGCCGGCUUACUGGUUUUUGCUAUAAUAUCCGUGCUUAUAAUUUGUUCCUGUGCCUUCCGUGGGGGAAAGGCAAAAGCAUCUCCUCAAGAACCUGUAAAACCAAAGACUGCUGAUGCAGUUGCACAAGCAGGCUCUCUUCCCCACCCAAGCAGUACACGGUUUCUACAAUAUGAAGAACUUAAAGAAGCAACAAACAACUUCGCACCUGCAAGCACACUAGGGGAGGGUGGAUUCGGCAGAGUCUUCAAGGGUGUUUUAACUGAUGGGACAGCUGUAGCGAUUAAAAGGCUUAUCGGUGGAGGCCCUCAAGGGAAUAAAGAGUUUUUAGUUGAAGUUGAAAUGCUUAGCAGAUUGCAUCAUCGUAAUCUUGUGAAACUUGUAGGUUACUAUAGCAGUAGUGACUCUUCGCAAAACCUGCUUUGUUAUGAGCUUGUUCCAAAUGGAAGCUUAGAAGCUUGGCUCCACGGCCCCUUGGGAGUAAAUUGUCCUCUGGACUGGGACACCAGAAUGAAGAUUGCACUGGAUGCUGCAAGAGGACUGGCAUACCUGCAUGAGGACUCACAGCCAUGUGUUAUCCACAGAGAUUUCAAAGCAUCCAAUAUAUUACUCGAGAACAACUUUCAUGCUAAAGUUGCUGAUUUUGGCCUUGCCAAACAAGCACCCGAAGGCAGAACAAAUUACCUGUCUACUCGUGUCAUGGGAACAUUUGGGUAUGUUGCUCCUGAGUAUGCUAUGACCGGACAUCUACUGGUAAAAAGUGAUGUUUACAGCUAUGGAGUCGUACUGCUUGAGUUAAUUACUGGAAAGACACCUGUAGAUAUGUCACAACCAUCGGGACAGGAGAACCUGGUCACAUGGGGGAGACCGAUCCUGAGAGACAAGGAUCGUUUGGAGGAGCUAGCUGAUCCAAGGCUUGGAGGGAAGUACCCAAAGGAGGAUUUCGUACGAGUUUGCACAAUUGCAGCUGCUUGUGUUGCUCCAGAGGCUAGCCAAAGGCCAACAAUGGGGGAAGUAGUACAGUCUUUAAAAAUGGUGCAGCGUGUUACUGAAUAUCAGGAUUCAUUGUUAACCUUUUCGAACAACCGACCCAACCAGAGGCAGUCCUCUACUACCUUCGAGUCUGAUGAGACAUCAUCAAUGUUCUCCUCCGGUCCUUACUCCGGCCUAAGUGCUUUCAACAAUGACAACAUCUCAAGAACAGCAGUUCCCUCUGAAGAUCUCCAUGAAGGUCGAUGAACACCGGAAGCGAUUUGGAAGUGUUGUAGAUUUUUGUAAUCUCUAUAGAUGGGGCGAAUGGGUUCUUCUUGUUACUAUUUGUUGUUGUACAACUGUUAAAUUUCCCCCUAGUCAGUGGUGGAUGAAAUUUUGUACAUAUGCACAAUUGUAGCUUUUUUUCCUCAUUGGAUUUGCAUUCAAGGGUU